AUGAUUGCCGGUGAUAUUGGUGAAUAUCAGUUAUUAUGUAGAAUAAUAGCUAUUGUGCUCAAUGUUCCACUUAUCGUAAUAAUAAAUAAUAGAUUAUUGAAAUCAUUGGGAAAUUAUAGAUAUUUUUUGGUCUACGGUUGUUCAAUACAUGUUUGUUUUUCAAUUGUUGGAAUUAUCGUGAAAACGGUAAGAUUACUUUGUUUUUUCAUAAACAUGGAAAAUUUUUAAAGAAUGUGCGGUGUUUGAAAUCUGAUUUCAUUAUUUAUCCCGGGGCGAACUAUUUGAGUGAAGAACAAAAUAUGUUUUUGUUAGUGUUACACCUCGGAUUCUACGCAAUUCUAUUGUUUCUGGAACCAAUUCGUUUUAUUCAUCGAUACAGUGUGGUAAAUUUCAAAGUCCGUGAAAUUUUUGAUAAAACGACAGUUUUAUACAUGGCAAUCUUUCUUCCAUUUACUGGUUCAAUUUUGUUUUGCUGGAUACUUUCCUCAUAUUUCAUCAAUUCGGAAACAAACCCAUUGUAUAUUUUGAGUAAUGAUCUCAAAAUUCAAACUGCUGCAUUGAUUGGCUUGAGUUUUCGAGAAAAUUGGGAUUGCCGUUCAACAAAAACUAUGAAAUGCAUAGUUCUUUUGUAUUUGAUUCAAACAACAUUGUUUUCCACCAAUUUCAUCCUUGCUUUCAAAUGUUAUGGAACAUUACAAAAGAUACCGCGUUUGUCACGGAAAACAUUAAAUUUACAAUUCCGAAUUUUGAGAGGACUUCUAAUUCAAUUGGCUCUCCCAUUUAUAUGUGUUCAUAUCCCAGUUUUUCUAUUAUUAUUUUUUCCUUUUAUCAAUACUGAAAUAACAAUAUCUUGUUUAUUGAUGGAUUAUUUCAUACCGUUAUUUCCAAUUUUAGAUGUUCUGCCCCAAUUGUAUUGGGUUUCUUCAAAAGUUUCAAAAAAUUCUGAAAUAACUAAUUUGUUUUGUUUUAAACUGUGAUUAAUAAUGAAUUAUUUUUCAAUAUCCAGUUUUUGACCGAAAUUAUGAACUACAAAUCCUAAAAUCUGCAAAAAAUAGUCCGAUUGAUUUCUGAUUGUUUUUGUCUCAAAGUUCUGUUUGUAUCGAAAUCUUGAAAACAAUUAGUAAAAUAACAGACAAUUCUCGAGGGUUCAAAGGGGCGUACAUACUUCUUGUUUUCAAUUUUGUUUUUCAAAAAUGGAUCAGUCUUUUAACAAUAAAAAUUACCAGUUAACAACGAUGGCCGGCGAUAUUAGUGAAUAUCAAUUAUUUUGUAGAAUCAUAGCUAUCGUGUUGAAUAUUCCACUUAUCGUGAUCACAAAUAACGGAUUAUUGAGAACAUUGGGAAAUUAUAGAUAUUUUCUGGCCUACGGUUGUUCAAUACAUGUUUGUUUUUCAAUUGUUGGAAUAUUUGUUAGAACGGUAAGAGUACUCUGUUCUUUCGAUAACCAGAGACAUUUUAUUGAAGAGUUUGCGGUGUUCAAAAUCUGA